CUUCUUGUUGAAUGUAGGCUUGCUCACAUAUUGAAUUAACACGAACCAAAAUGGAGCAACCAAUUUCCGAAGAAGAAUCCCAGUCGAGCGUUUCGCCGAUGCCGUCGACAGAUCAAUCUUCUCGUGAGCCAUCCCCGAUGCCACCUGUUAUAUCGAAUUCGGCUGAGAAGAAACGACAGAAUUAUAGAUCGACGAUAAGCCAGUCUACUUCGCCUUUGCAACCAUCUAGCGGUAAUGUCUUUGUUGUAACACCGGAUACCGAAGAACCUGACGGUCCUUUAAAUGUGGACGAAUAUUACAUGACCCUAGCGUACUUUGUCGCUUCACGCAGCAAGGAUACCCAUGAACACGUUGGAGCAUGCAUAGUAAAUCCAGACAAUCAAGUCGUUAGCAUGAGCUGCAACGGUUUUCCCAAAAACUGCACUAUGGAAUCCAUGGGUUAUUCGAAGAAAAAGCUAAAAUACAGAGAGCUAUUUUCUUGUCACGCUCCAUUGAACGCCAUUGUCGAAUGCAAAGUGAGCUUGAAAGAAUGCAAGAUAUACAUAACGGAUUUCCCUUGCCACCAAUGCGCAAAAUACAUAAUCCAAACCGGGAUAACAAGUGUAUACUAUAAUGCGGACAAAGACGAUACCAGGAAAUCAAUAGAUGCUGCCAAACGUAUGCUCAAUGCAGCCGGUGUGCAUUGCAAGUAUCAAAGUGUGUUUGACGAAAAAUGAGUUUGUCGUUAAGUAUGGUUAAGUUUGUAGAAUUGGAUAAAAGGAAGAUGUUAUCUUUGUACCAAAUUAACGUGCAAGUUAUUCGUAAAUUUACAGCAAUAUUUUCCAAUUAAGACACUUUCAAACUAUUAUUUAUAAUGUUGCGUGAUGGUAUGCAACAUAUAUGAUAAUAUUUGGAAGCUUCGUAAAUUUCAUUCCACUUGCACACUUAAUAAUUCAAUAUUAGAUGCUCCAAAUACCACGACUAAGUUAUUUACAAUUCCAAAAGUUUUUAUAUUGUCCUCUUGUAUUCAUGUCUGUUUUAAUAUGAUUAGAUGUACUACUAUUUUAGCUUUCAUUAUUCCUAAUAAACAUGAAGAAAUUUUUGAUUAAA